UCCUGAAUGAAAUAAUAUUAAUUACAAUUUGUGGUUUAUAAAUAAAUUUUUGUUUCCAAUUAUUUUUGUAUAAAUAUUUAGUUGGGAUUAAGAUCGUUUCGGGUGUAAGGUUUUUAAUGAUAUUCUUGGAAUGCUGUUGAUAAGUGUAAACAUUGAUGGCAAAUGUUUAUGAUAAACCACAACCAUUGGUUUGUUUAAGUGAUCGGGGCGGCGGAGUUAACAAUUUAAAUCGAAAUGAUUCUGAGCCUAAUUGUCGUUUAACCAAUAAUGAUACUGGUUUAAGAGAUGGUCCAUCAAAAUGGUGGGAGUUUAAUAAACCCUGGAGAUGGUUAUUUCCAUCAAGAUCUUCAUCUAGAAAGAAAAUUACAAAAGUAACAUCAACCUCAACCUCAUCAUCUUCAUCUUCAUCUUCAUCAUCAUCAUUAUCAUCUCGUUGGUCUAGUCUUACUUUACCUUCUUUAAAGAUAAAAGAGAAAGUAUCCAAUAUCUAUUAUAAAUAUGGUUUACUCUGUUCGACUUAUCCAUGGUUGAUUAUUCUUCUCACUUUUACAAUUUUCUCCUUUUGUGUUUAUCCAAUUUUGGGUAUUCACUCAUUUACCAAUAAUUAUCUUCAAAAGUAUGUAACCCCGUUGGACAAUUUUUAUAUUCAUGGUAAACCCGUAAAAGAUUCAUCAUCUUCUUACUCAGCCAAUCAUCAUUCUCAUUCAUCUCAUCCUCAUCAUUAUCCCAAUCAUCAACAUCAACCCAAUUUGGAGGUUAUUAAAGAUCCACCAAGAUGGUUCCAAUCAGGAGCACCUUAUGCAAUUAUCCAACAGAUUAUCAUAAAGUCCGCUGUUAUCCCAUGGAAAAACAAUCAUAUUCUUAUGGAUGCAAUUCGUGCACCAUUGGCACAAGUUUUCCCUAUUCUUGAAUUUUUAUCUAAUUUUCAAACAGAUUCAGGAUCUAAAUCAGUGAGCCUGAACGAUAUUUGCCUUCAAAUCAAUGAGCCAAUUGGUUAUUCAGACAAUUCUGCUUCCAAUAUACUUCCAAGAUACAGUUGCCUUCUUUUUUCUCCUGCCAAUAUUUGGAAAAAUGAUGUAGACAAAUUCCGUCAGGAUGCAACCAUAAUCAAGACCAUUUUCAAUACUAAAGACUUUAGUUACCUUGACUCAGGUAACCUGAGAGAGAUUCUAUUUGGUGUACCAUGGAUGGAAACCGGAAUCCGACCUUUUUACGUUCGCACACGACAAAGAACAUUAACCUUUGCUAUUACCAUUGCAUUUUCGGGUUAUAAUAAAAUGUUCUUUGAAAAUUUACGUAAACAACUUCGUGAUCGUUAUCCUGUUAAUCCACUUUGGGAGAAUCGUCAUGAUGACAAUAAGAAUAACAAUACCAAUGGUCUUGCUGAUUAUUCAUCUGAUUCACCUCCAAUUGUUACUCAUCUUCAUUUUCAAAAUAGUUUCACUUUUUCCGUUAGUUCACCAAUCAUUGGUUGCUACAUCUUUUUGUUUUUUUAUAUCUACUUUUCAGUUCGUAAAAUUGAUCUUAUCAAAUGCAAAUGGGCUUUAGCUGCGAGUUCUGUCCUUACUGUUGUUAUGUGUUUACUUAUGACUCUCGGAAUCUGCUCAUGGUUUGAUUUUAAUCCAACUCUUGAUGGAAGUGAGAUUUUCCCAUAUCUCAUUGUUAUAAUUGGCUUAGAAAAUAUUUUGGUACUCACUCAAUCCGUUAUUGCGACUCCAGCCCAUUUGGACGUUAAAGUUAGAGUAGCUCAAGGACUAAGUCGUGAAGGUUGGUCCAUGAACAAAAAUCUUAUCGCUGAAUUAGGACUUUGCGUAUUUGGUUACUUUACUUUUGUUCCUGUGAUUCAAGAAUUCUGUCUCUUUGGCAUGAUCGCUCUUCUUUGUGAUUUCUUUCUCCAAAUGACUAUUUUUAUUACGCUACUUUCAGUGGACAUUCAAAGAGUCGAGCUCGACGGGAGACCCAAGAAAACAUCUCACUCAGCAAAUGAUUCUAAAAACAAAAUGAAUCAAGCAUUUGAACAAGGAUCUCAUCCAUAUGAUUCGGAUUCAUCUCGAUUAAAUUCAAUUUCUUAUUGGUCCAAAUCAAGCCACAUGAAACUACCCAAAAGAUUAAGAUUAGUUUAUUUUUGGACUCGCACUCGAAUGGCUCACAGAUUUCUCAUGAUGGCCUUAAUUGUUUGGAUUAGUAUUUUACUCUAUCGAUCAACAGUUUCAGACCAUUACAACCAACCUGAUGACGAACCAAUGAUAAAAGCUCAAGACGCUAAAUUAUCCGCACAACAAUCAGUUUCCCAUCAAAUUCCCGCUCCGAUUGAAUCAACAUCUAAAACAUUAAAAGAAAACGAUUAUGAGGCUUCACAGCAUCGAUUAAAAUACUCUAACAGAGAUCCACGAGAAUUACUUUCUUCUCACAAUUGGUUUACUCUAUUCGGCUUUUACAACAUUUCCCUUUCCGGAAAAUAUUUAUCUUUCCUGCCACCAAUUCACUUGGCCAUACCCGUUGAUCCAACGGAGGCACAUAAGAUUAGACAUCCAUCAGAAAGUGAUCCUCAAAUAUUUCGACAAUUUUUAUAUCCUGGUAGUAUUCAUGCUUCUUUUGACCAGAACGAUGAUUGGGAUGAAUUUUCUUACGAUGCAUCAAAUGAUCUCAGUAAUCGACCUCAUUGGUCUCCUAGAGAGAUUCUCCUCGCUUUACUCCUCUCCACACCUACGCUUACAUUUAUCAUCUACAUUUUGGUUACCAUGUAUCGGUGUAUGUGUUCCCGUCGUUACGAUGAGUGGCGAAGCUCAUGGUCAUCUAGUAAUCAAUCUAAAGGUCAAGACAUUUCACGACACAAGAUUGACGAUUAUUUCUUGGAAACCAUGUUAGUUAAACGACAAGCUCAUCAAGAUGAAAUCGAAAUGGUUGAAUGUUCAAAUGAAUCACCUUAUGUUGUUUCCUGCUCCAUGGAGGGUGAUCUCAGAGUUUGGGAUGUUCUUUCUGGUGAAUGUCAUCUAUUAAUCCAACGAUCACAAUCAACGGACUUAAUUCAACUUGAUGAAAACAAGCAGACAACAACGGCAACCGCAGCAACAACAUCAACAUUUAAACCUCACCAUAAGCCAAGUUCUAGUUUCUCAUCUGAUUCAACUUAUGGUUCAUCACCAAGCACAAGUUCAGGUGAUUGUGUUGAACAAUCAUUUCUACCUUCAAAUUUUGAUCCAUCCACUUUGAUUAACAAUCGUAUCUCGAAAUCAACAGUUGACAAAUCGAAAAUCGGUUACGAUUUUAAGCCCUUCUAUUCUCGCCUCAAUUCAUCUAAAAAUCUUAUCUCUGAACUGAUUGUUAACGCUGCCGCUUCCAGUGAUAUCGACGUUAAUCCGUACGAGAUUACGGCAAAUCUUAAACGUGAAUCUAAUCUAUCAUUUCAACAGAUUUGGUGUCUUGAUGUAUAUGAGAGAUUUAUUUUAGUUGGUUGUGCCGAAGGUCGUUUUGAGAUUUGGGACACACUGACAGGUCUUAAUCACUACAAUCAAGAAUGUGUGACCGGAAUAACCGUUAUUAAAGCUCGUUCUGGUAAACUGGUAAUCGGUCGGUUAAAUGGUAUUUGUGAAAUCUAUCAAAUUGAGAAUCAUUUUCGACCAGAAAAUAAUAGCUGUUAUAUUUUAUCAUCAUCUUCAUCAUCUACAUUAACAUCUUUAUCCAUAUCAUCAUCAAUAUCAUCUUCAUCUUCAUCUUCAACGACUUACAUAAAUAAUACUAACACUCCACCUCAAUCAUCCUCAUCCUCAUCAUCAGAUCAACAACCCUACCAAAAGCAAAUGCUCAAUACUUAUCUUAUUCAUUCAAUUCGUGCCCACAGUCAGCCCAUAACUGCACUACAAUUAGACUCUAGUCAUUUAAUAACCGGAAGUGCAGAUCAUUUAAUUAAAGUUUUCAAAUUGGAAACAGGAUCAUGUAGUUACACUCUACAUGGGCACUUUGGUGGUAUCAGUUGCCUUGAAAUUGAUAAGACAACAUCCAAUUCAGCACUAAGUGGUUGUAAAGUUGGUCAAGUUUGUCUCUGGGAUUUGACCACAGGAACUUGUUUAUUCAACUUGGAAGCUCAUGCAGACGCAGCAGUGACCGCACUUCUUACCACAAGUUUAUACGCGAUAAGCUCAGGGACAGAUAAUAAAAUCAACAUUUGGGAUAAAUACUCAGGUCAUCUUGUUCAUUCACUACCAAAUCAACGAUCAUUUUGCUGUGGGAUGGUACCUUUGACACCUAAUAUAUUGAUCACUGCCAAAGAGGAUCAUCUCAUCUUAUGGGAUUUAAGUGAAGCUACUCCUCUAAGAAUAAUUAACUUAAGCUCAUUUGGAGAUAAUAAAAGUUCUUGUAUCAAGAAUUUACGAAUUGCGAACAAAAGUCGAGCAGUAAUAGCCGAUUAUGGGAAAAACAUUUGCAUCAUUCACUUUCCUGGUGUUACCCAGAAAAGUGAUUGAUUUAAACAACAAUUAUCAUCAAAAUCAUCAACCAUUAUUGUAAUAAUCAUCUCAAUUUUUUGUGUCAAUUUUGUUUCUCUAACUAAUGUAAUCAUUAAAUAAAAUCAAUUACAUUUGUAAUAUAAACUAAACUUUAAAAA